GAGCAUUUGUUGACACUGACUCUGGGUGUUGUUUUUUUAAGCGACAUUGGGUCAAUCGCACAAAGGAACUCAUCAGAUUCAUGAGUAUUAGAGUGCAUACGACGACUGUUGAGUUGGGUUGAUUCGGUCGGAGAAAAAAAAUUUGCAUGGACGUGAGUUUUGGUGCAGGUGGUUGGAAUAGUGGUUUAUUUGAAGGUGUGAUUUAGAAAUUGGCGCGUGGGUUUUUGUAGUGAUUUUAGUGGCAAGUGGUCUCAGUGCCCUGGGAUGUGUUGUCGGACGAGAUGUGAAGCUUGGUGUGUUUUUACUGCAAUUUUUUUCUCUGUGAGUGGGAAGAUUAUAGAUUCUGGGGUGUUUGAGUUUUGGGCUUUUGGAUGUCGAGAGAGAGAAAGGGAGGCAGAGACAGAGAGAUCGCCUCUCAAGGACAAUUUCUUCUUUAGACUUCAAUUUGUUUGCGAACUCUUUGCAGUGCGGUUUGGCUCAAUCAUCUGAGCUUUCCGUUUACAAUUAAGUGCCAUGACCGCAUUUGGAGGUUUUGAGCCAGUCUUUGGCAAAGCUCAGGGGCGGCUGGAAUCUUCACCUUCUCAUGACCUUCUUCCUUUUCUCUUCUAUCUGCGUGCGAAAAACAGCGAUCACCUUUUGAUCCAUCUCACUGAUUUCCAUGCUAAUACGUGGUAUUCUGACAUGAGCACUGAGUAUUUGGAAGACAUGAAGGACGAUAUUGGCAUUGGUGGGUCGUGGGAGGAUUUUAUCACCUAUGUAAGGGCAGUAUUUUUAUCCAACAAUGUGACGAUUCUUCUCAAGGGAUCUUUAAGUGCGAUAGCCAGUGAAGGUGCGACUUCAGCUAAAUUGGUGGGACAGAAAGCAAAGGGAACUCCAAAAUUUCGUGUAAAGCUGACCAAAUUGCAAGGAAUAGCUGCAACUGACGCCAUGGGGACUAUUUCAGUGGAGAUGUUCAACGUCUUUCGUUCACAGGCUGCAUCUCUUUCCUCAGAGACUGCACGUACGCUCCAGUUAUCCACAGCCUUCUUGCAUGAGAAGGCAAGGGCAGAUGUACUUCAAGAGAGACUUGACGCCCUAAGUUUCAACAAGAAGAAAAGCCGUUUCCGCCCGAUGUUGGCCUUUGAUGAUCCUACAAUGACUCAGCCGCUAGCUACUCAGAACACAAUGAUCGCCUCUGUGUUGGAGGAUUUUAGCACUCCGGGAAUUCAGCCAACCGGUACGGCUUUCGAAGCACUUUCCACUAAAUGUGCGAAUUCCUCUUUCUGUUCUUUAUCAUUGACUUCGGUGGUCCCAGCACGCAAACAGAGUCUAAGGUCAAACCAGCAACCAAGACUAUCCACGCCCCUCCUCGAUUACGUGCCGCCCCAAUCAUGAGAAGGUCUAAGCGGAGAAAAGACGCAGAGGAUGAUGACGAUGAGUAGAAUUUAACAUAAUUAUCGGAAACUAGGCACUUCCAAGCGGAGGAGAUGAAUUUGCUCUUAGGUGUUCUAAAUUUGCAAGAGCUGUCUGCACGGUGACGACUCAAAUACCCCUUGUGUGAUGUUAGAAUUGGAGUCCCUGCGAUCACUGUUCUGGAUUUAGUUACGAUGCGGUUCUCAUCUCACUUCGCUCACCAAAAUUGUUUGACUAUUUUUCUUGCGAUAUCAGUUACGCAAAGAAUUUAGACUUUUAUACCUUUGUUUUUACAUGCAACCCUCUGUUGCUUUUGGUUUAGCAUGAGGUUCUAAUGAUACUUGAAAGAUACAAAUCUCACAUGAGUCUCAUUAUCUCUACUUCUGCUGCCGUGUAUUGAAAUAGGAACUUAAUGUCAAAUCCAAACCUGUAUAUUGCACUGGACUUGUCUCUGGAGUGCUCAAUAAUCCUAAACACCAAUGGCAAGUUUGAUCA